AUGAUUGUGGACUUCGGGAAACAGCAGAGGGAGCAUGCCCUUAUCAACACCAACGGAAAGUUGGAAAGCUUCAAGUUCCUCGACGUACGCAUCACUGAUGAUCUGAAAUGGUCCACCCACACAGGCAGUGUGGUGAAGAAGGCGCAACAGUUCCUCAUCAACCUCAGGAGAUGCACAAUUGAGAGCAUCCUGUCGGGCUAUAUCACCGCCUGGUACGGCAACUGCACCGACCGCAACUACAGGUCUCUCCAGAGGAAUUUGGCAGCAGAUCCAACCGGCCUCACAACCACAGACCACGUGUACGGCAUCGUGCGGGAGAGCAGUUUGCUGAUGUCAAUGUUGUGGACAGUGUGCCCCAAGGUGGCGGUGGGGUUAUGUGAGGGGCCAUCCGUGGACAAACAGUCCUUGGACUAUGUAGUGGGAUCAGUAUCAGGCAGCUUGUUUCCAAAGGAGUCUACAUCCAGCUCCGGAUCGUUAUCUGCAUUGUUCCAAGCUGCGCCAGUAGUUGACACUCUGUUCUUUGUUCCUGCUCCUAAGCCUGAACCGAGGAGCGUGGAGUUGAAGGAAGGUGCGGUCACAAAAGUCCCGAACCACCAGAAACGAACAAAGAAAGCCGCAAAGGACAAAUCAGCUGCAGACCUAAGUCUAGAAAACAGAGAAACUGCAUUACAAAAUGCUGACGAAGAUGAACAGGUCCCAAAGAUGCCCAAGGAGACUAAAAGGAAAGCUGUUGAGAUGGGAGAAGGGGGUGCGACAGAGGAGGAGGAGAGGCAGACAAAAAAACAGAGGACUGGAGCCCAAAUUGCAGAGGAGAGGGUAAAGCAGAAACGAACAGUGUUUGUCGGCAACCUUCCUGCCAGCUGCACAAAGAAGACACUACAGCUCGUCUUCAAGGAUCAGGGAGCCAUUGAAAGCAUUCGAUUUCGAUCAGUGGUAAGAGAAGAUCCAUCUAUGUCACGCAAAGUAGCAGCUAUUCAACGCAACGUUCACCCCAAGAAGCAGAGCAUCAAUGCCUACGUGGUUUUCGAAGCUGAAGAAGGAGUCGAGAAGGCAUUGGAAAGGAACGGCAUGGAGAUUGAGAAAAACUUUCACAUCCGAGUCGACAGGGUCUCCAAAAGUUCAUUGCACGAUCACAAGAGGUCAAUAUUCAUUGGCAAUCUACCAUUCGAUAUAAACGAAUUGCCAUUGCGACAGCACUUUGAGGAGUGUGGCAAGGUGGAGGGGGUGCGGCUGGUGCGGGACAAGAACUCUGGAAUGGGCAAGGGCUUCGGCUACAUCUUAUUCGAGAGCAUCGAUGCUGUCCAGCUGGCCUUGAAACUAGACGGCUCAAAACUCCUCGGGAGGUCGGUCCGGGUGAAGAGGUCAGUGAAGAAGGAGAAAGAGAAGACGAAGGUGGUGCACAGAGGUCCCAGAGGGAAAGAAAGAGAGAUUAAGGGUGCAGGGAAGGAGCCUACGAAAGGGGGAUUUAAGGAGAGACCGGGCCAGGGAGGUCCCCAAAACAAAUCUUCCGGGAGGCCGCAGGGGAAGGGGCCUCAAAUGAAAUCGAUGGGGAAGCCAUUCAAGAAAAGUCUAGGUGAGGCAACGAAAGCCCCCACAGGCCCCUCUUCCUUCAAAGGUGAGAUGGCCGACCCAAACAGAAAAAAAGCAAAGGUGAAAGCACUGAAGAAGAAACUCAAACCGAGGAAAAGGAAUCAGGUCGUACACAUUUGAUGGUCUGU